CAACAACAACACGACGCUAAGACGACCGCCUAACACCAAGCCACCCACCCAAGCAACCAAACAACCACCGAAUAGUUUUGUGGGUGAGUGAGCGAGUGGGCGUCGUAAUUGGCCUCAAAUACAAGUGCAAGGAUACACGCUUUACAGUUGCACAUCGUCGUCCCGUCAAAGUCAAGAUUUUAGAAACCAACAUGGAAGCAACCGUAACUGGAGUAAAUGUGGGCACUGGAACAGGAACAGGAACGGCAGCAGGUGCAACAGCAGCCGCUGCCGCCGCUGCAGCAGCAACAGCAGCCGCAAAUGCUCCCAAUGCGAAACGGAAUACGCAACAAGGACGAAAAAAGUCGGGACCGAAAUUUGAAUUAACCGACGCACAAAAAUCGGACAUUAAAGAGGCAUUCGAUGUAUUCGACAAAGACGGCAUCGGCUAUAUAGAGGUUAAGGAGCUUAAGGUGGCCAUCAGGGCAUUGGGCUUUGAGCCCAAAAAGGAGGAAAUCAAACGGAUGAUAGCGGAAAUCGAUAAGGAUGGCAGUGGCCGGAUUGCGUUCAAUGACUUCUUGCAUCUGAUGACCAUGAAAAUGGCCGAAAAGGACAUCAAGGAGGAGAUAUUGAAGGCGUUUCGCUUGUUCGACGACGAUGAGACGGGCAAGAUUUCAUUUAAGAAUCUGAAACGCGUCGCACGGGAACUUGGCGAGACAUUGUCGGACGAGGAGCUGCGUGAGAUGAUCGAUGAGGCUGAUCUGGAUAACGAUGGUGAGGUCAACCAGGAGGAGUUUCUGCGCAUCAUGAAGAAGACCAGCUUGUAUUAGGCACACUUUUGGACAAAUUGGACUCAAAUUGAGCUCCAACUUGUGCUGAACGUGUGAACGUAUUAUGUUUUAAGUUGAUCUUAAGCUUUAGUGUAGCCAAUUUGAAUGCACAGCUUUUGCUUUUAUUUAUUUAUUAAAUGUGGACUGCUUUUUAUGAAAGCCUCGUCGUGUGUGCGUGUUCCUUUUCUCUGGAUGUACAACAUAAGCAAAUGCACCGCCUGUAUUUUUGCACAAUAUAUAAUCUCAAUGAUGAA